AUGGAAAAAUUGCUCUGCAGCAUCCUGGUGUUUGGAAUGGCUGUCAUGGUCAACGCUUGUCCCAAAUAUUGCGUCUGUCAGAACCUGUCUGAAUCUCUGGGGACUUUGUGUCCCUCCAAGGGUCUCCUAUUUGUACCGCUAGACAUAGAUCGAAGGACUGUUGAACUCCGACUUGGGGGCAACUUUAUUAUUAAUAUCAGCCGACAGGAUUUUGCCAAUAUGUCUGGACUUGUUGACCUUACUUUGUCCAGAAACACCAUCAGUUACAUACAGCCCUACUCUUUUACUGACUUGGAGAGCCUUCGCUCUUUACACCUGGAUAGUAACAGGCUGCCUGACAUUGGAGAGGAUAUUUUGAGAGGCUUAAUUAACCUUCAGCAUUUGAUUUUAAACAACAACCAGCUAAGCAGCAUCUCUGAUGAAGCUUUCGAGGAUUUUUUGCUGACAUUGGAAGACUUAGACCUUUCCUACAAUAACCUCCGAAGCAUUCCAUGGGAAUCUAUAAGGAAGAUGAUAAACUUGCACCAGCUCAGUUUGGAUCAUAACCUGAUAGAUUAUAUUACAGAGGGGACGUUUGCAGAUCUUCAGAAAUUGGCCAGAUUGGAUCUAACAUCCAACAGACUUCAGAAGCUCCCCCCUGACCCUAUAUUUGCCAGAUCUCAAGUAAUUCCAUUAGCUGUCACCCCAUUUUCUCCACCUUUGUCUCUCAGCUUUGGGGGCAACCCACUGCAUUGCAACUGUGAGCUACUGUGGUUAAGGCGACUUGACAGAGAUGAUGAUAUGGAAACUUGUGCUUCUCCUCCGGGUCUAAAGGGAAGGUACUUCUGGUAUGUACGGGAGGAAGAAUUUGUUUGUGAGCCUCCUCUUAUUACACAACAUACUCACAAGUUGCUGGUUUUAGAAGGGCAAACUGCCACAUUGAAAUGCAAAGCCAUUGGGGAUCCCACCCCCAUCAUUCAUUGGGUGACCCCUGAUGACCGUCUCAUUGGCAACUCUUCAAGAACAGCUGUCUAUGACAACGGCACCUUAGAUAUCCUCAUCACCACCUCCAAGGAUUAUGGGACUUUCACAUGCAUAGCAGCCAAUGCUGCUGGAGAGUCCACUGCAACGAUUGAGCUCUCAAUUGUUCAGCUACCCCAUCUCAGCAACGGCACAGGCCGAGCAGCCCAACCAAAAUCCAGACUCUCGGACAUCACCAGCUCUAGUAAGUCUAAUCGUGGAGAAACAAAAGGUUCACCAGAAAGGGCUGUCCUGGUGUCAGAUGUGACCACUACCUCAGCUUUGGUCAAGUGGACGGUGAGCAAGUCAGCCCCUCGGGUAAAAAUGUAUCAGCUGCAGUAUAAUUGCUCGGAUGAUGAAGUCCUGAUCUACAGGUAA